CAAAGGCGAGGAGAGAACUAGCAAAGGGGAAAUGGCUGCUUCCACAAACAACACUCUCAGGGUGCUGUUCACCCUAAUGGUUGUAUGCGCCGCAGUAUGCACAGCGAAAAGGACUGUAGCAAAGGCAGGAGACUUGGCGCCAGCCCCUGCUCCGUUAGGAGCAGGAGGCGCCACCGCAGCCCCAGAAGGUGCGGCUAGAGCCAGCAGGACGUUCGACAUAUCGAAGUUCGGCGCGACCAGCGACGGCAAGACGGACUCGACACAGGCAGUCCAGGACACGUGGACGUCAGCGUGCGGAGCGAUGGGAGACGCAACGAUGCUCAUCCCCAAGGGCGACUACCUGGUGGGCCCUCUCUACUUCAGUGGCCCGUGCAUGGGGGACAUCACCAUCCAGCUCGAUGGCAUCCUGCUGGGAUCCAACGACCUGGCCAAGUACACGGCGAGUUGGAUCCAGGUGUCGCACGUUAACAACAUCGUCAUCAACGGCUCCGGCACGCUCGAUGGCCAGGGCACCGCAGUAUAUACCAAGAGCAAGACCGACGUCGUCAAGGCGAUGCCCAACACACUAGUGUUGUUCUACGUGACCAACGGCACUGUUUCCGGAAUUAAACUACUCAACUCCAAAUUCUUCCACAUCAACAUCGACACUUCUAAGGACAUCACCGUGAAGGAUGUGAACAUCACGGCGCCCGCGGACGUCGAGAACACGGACGGCGUCCAUGUCGGCGGGUCCUCCAAUGUACGCAUCACCAACUCGACCAUUGGCACCGGCGACGACUGCGUCUCCAUCGGCCCCGGGAGCGACGGUGUCAUGGUGAACAACAUCACCUGUGGCCCCGGGCAGGGCAUCAGUGUGGGCUGCCUAGGCCGCUACAAGGAUGAGAAGGACGUGAGCGACGUGACGGUGCGGGAUUGCGUGCUUAGGAACACCACCAACGGCGUGCGCAUCAAGUCGUACGAGGAUGCCGAGUCUGUGCUCACGGCGUCCCAUCUCACCUUCGAGAACAUCAGGAUGGAGGAGGUGGCCAACCCCAUCAUCAUCGACCAGUACUUCUGCCCCCAGAAGGUCUGCCCCGGCAAGCGAAGCAACUCCUCGCAUGUCUCCAUCAAGAACGUCACCUUCCGCAACAUCUCCGGCACGUCGUCCACGCCCGAAGCCGUCAGCCUGCUCUGCUCCGAGACGCAGCCGUGCAGCGGCGUCUCGCUCAUCGAUGUCAACGUCGAGUACGCCGGCAAGAACAACAAGACCAUGGCUGUGUGCAGCAACGCCAAGGGAACCGCCAAGGGAAGCCUCCAGGCCCUGGAUUGCCUCGUCUGAUCGAUGACCUUGCAUUUGCAUGCAUUCUUCUUCCGUUUCACUUUUCCAUAUUCUAUUGCGUUCCAGCCAAGCAUCUUGUUUCUUUUAUAUAUAUAUAUAUAUAUAUAUAUAUAUAUAUAUAUAUAUAUAUAUAUAUAUAUAUAUAUAUAUAUAUAU